UCCAAUUAGUUUCUGGUAUAUUUCACGAAAUGCAGUCAAGUUUAAAACGCAAACACUAUAGUCGUAUAAGUCUUCUAUAUACGAUUGCUUGAAACACAACGUCGUUUAACUAACUUAAAACAUUAUUAUUAAAAAAAAAAACAAAACAUUAAUUUAUUUUGAACCGUGUUUAUAUUAAAAUUUUAAAUAAUGAUAAGUCCAACAUCAACAACUACAGAAUCGACCGAAGCAGCACUAGGUCCAUUAAAUGGACAUAAAUUUAUGAAUAUGUCAUCGACAUCAUCAACAACAACUAAUAAAUUAAAUUAUUUUUCUAUGUUGAACCUUGAUAAUCCCGUAUUUUGUUGCUUUCUUUUUUGGACCAGUGUUUUAGUGAUAAAAAUGCUUUUAAUGUCUUUAUUGACUGCAUUGCAACGUUUUCGUUAUAAAAUAUUGCGGCAAUUUCCCAAAGCUUUUAUAGAAAAGGUUUUUCCCAAUCAAGAGGAUUUGUUUUUCAAUAAUAUAGAAGUAGAAUUCAAUGAUCCUCAUGUGGAGAGAGUAAGAAGAGCCCAUCGCAAUGAUAUGGAAAACAUAUUGCCCUAUUUUACUAUGUCUUUAUUGUACAUUUGUACUAAUCCUUCGGCGGUUAUAGCAUGCAAUCUAUUUCGAGUAGCUGCAGUGGCUCGCGUAGUGCAUUCUUUGGUUUAUGCCUUCUAUCCCGUACCUCAACCUUCAAGAGUUUUAGCCUGGGGAGUAAUGUUUGUCAUUACUUUGUAUAUGGCUGCUGAUGUUGGUUUUCAAAUGAUCAAAUAUAUUUGAAGAAGUUUUUAAAUUAUAAAAACUAAUAAAGAUUUAUAUUUGCUAAUCAAGAAGAUCUGGUCUUUCACAAUGUCGAUUUACAAUUCAACGAGCCUCAUGUGGAAAGAGUGAGAAGGUAAGGUAAAAAUAAUAAUAAGAAAAUAACUAAAAAAGUACCUGUUUAACUGCUUAAUUUCAAAAUUCUAUUAUACUGCUUCAUUGUAUUUCCAGAGCCCAUCGUAAUGAUAUGGAAAAUAUUCUACCUUAUUUUACUAUGUCCU